AUGCAGCCCUCAGAUAUAUUUGUGGGGUCAAUCGAUCAAGGCACCACGAGCACCAGAUUUUUGAUCUUCAACCGUGAGGGCGAGCCAGUAACAUCACAUCAAGUCGAGUUCAGCCAAAUCUACCCGAACCCGGGAUGGCAUGAACACGACCCACUCGAGAUCAUAACUUCAGUAGAGACCUGCAUGGAAGAGGCAGUCCAGAAGUUCGAAGCGCAAGGUCACACCCGGAGCAGCAUCCAAAGCAUCGGAAUAACCAACCAGCGCGAAACAACCAUAGUCUGGGACCACGAGACCGGCGAGCCUCUGUACAAUGCCAUUGUAUGGACAGAUACACGCUCUCAGGGAAUUGUCGCGGAACUGAAACAGAAACCAGGGGCAGAGCAGCUCCAAGCACUCUGUGGUCUGCCGUUAUCAACCUACUCGUCGGCUACAAAGCUGCUCUGGAUGUUGGGACAUGUCCCAAGGGUGAAGGAUGCAUUUGACCGCGGCACCUUGGCGUUUGGUACUGUCGAUGCCUGGCUGGUAUACCGUUUGAACGGUGGCGUGGCUGCCAACGUCUUUGUCUCAGAUUCGACAAACGCUUCACGGACCAUGUUUAUGAACCUGGAGACGUUACGGUAUGAUGAAGUGCUUCUGGACUUUUUUGGGAUCAGGGGAAAUGUUUAUUUGCCUAGGAUUGUGCCCUCGUCUGAUGCGACAGCGUACGGGGCUGUUGCUUCUGGGGCUUUGGCGCGGGUUCCGAUUAUGGGCUGUCUGGGGGAUCAGUCUGCGGCGUUGGUUGGGCAGAAAGGGUUCUCACCUGGAAUGGCGAAGAAUACGUAUGGCACUGGGUGCUUUCUUUUGUACAAUGUUGGUGACAAGCUGGUGUUCUCGAAACACGGGUUGCUAGCUACCGUGGCUUACCACUUUGGUGGAAAGCCUGUAUAUGCGCUUGAGGGGAGCAUUGCUGUUGCUGGAUCUGGGAUCAAAUUUUUACAGAAUAAUUUGAAUUUUUUCCACGAGUCUAAAGAGGUCAAUGACCUUGCAUACUCGGUGGAAGAUAAUGGUGGAUGUGUGUUUGUCACUGCGUUCAGUGGACUUUUUGCACCUUAUUGGAUUGAUGACGCGAAAGGAACCAUCUUUGGUAUCACCCAGUACACCCAAAAGGGCCAUAUCGCACGCGCUACCUUAGAGGCAACUUGCUUCCAGACUAAAGCAAUUCUAGACGCAAUGGAGAAAGACAGCGGCCAUACACUCUCCGAACUGGCUGUAGAUGGGGGUAUGAGUAACUCAGACCUAGCAAUGCAGACUCAAGCAGAUGUGAUAUCCAUCCCCGUCUACCGCCCAAAGAUGCGUGAGACUACAGCUCUCGGUGCAGCCAUUGCAGCUGGCCUUGCUGUUGGACUUUGGCACAACUUUGCCGAGCUGCGAGAUAUCAAUCGUUCCGGCGGUACGGUCUUUGAGUCCCAGGUCCCGCGACAAGAGAGUUCUGCUAAAUUUGCACAAUGGGAAAGGGCUGUGCAAAUGAGUAGAGGCUGGGUGGGAUCUAAGAUAGCCGAGAAAGGAGAAGCCGCUGGCCUGAAAAACGAGACCUACGCACCGAUGAAGAAUCAUGUUCUCCCGCCCAAGGUAGCACGAAUCUCAGAUAGCUCCUUAAUCUCACAUGUGGUUAAGAGAUCUACAUACACUACGGGUGUGAAAGGGAGGGCCCAUAUCUCGGUCAAGGAGAUCGACGUCCCACCUCUACCUGUGCAGACGGCCCUGGGGAGUGUCUUGGGUGAUUUGGAUGAUGCGGACGAAGAGGAUUUGUUUUUGGAGCUACGGAAAGUAGAGAUUUUGCAAAGACUGAAGAAGCUACGGAAGCGACAGUCAAACUGCCACUAA